GAGAAUCCACGACGCAACCAAAGAAUCCUCCCUUCACCAAUUAACAAUCCCUGCAGCCCAAUCGCUCGCACAGACUUGCGUGAUUCAGUUGACGAGAAGAUGCCUAUAAAAGAAAGGAAGAUUGGCCAAGCUAAGGCCUGACCAGUGUUCCCGGCCCACUCACACCGAACUCGUGAAGCACAGUUUCCAUCGUAUGAUGUCGAGGAAGAGGAAAAAGAGGGGCAAAGAAGAAGAAGGUGCUGUGAGCGAAGCACUGGUCGUCGCACCGCCAUCAUCGGCGGUGUGAGUGCAUGCAGCGAGGAAGCAUGCUUGCCAUGCCGUCCGCCCGGAGCUUCGGCGCCGCGGGCUGGUGGCGUGUGAGCAGGGAUGCUUCGGCGGUGCACAAGAAAGAAGGCAAGUCUUAUCGGCAAGGGAAGGCUAAGCCUUUCUUCCAGGUCUCCCUCUCUCCAUCUAAAUCAUUCUAUGUGUUUGGAGGAGGGGGCAAUCGAUCGUUACUUACUGGUCUCCUGAUCCUUAGCGGUCAUGUCUCUGUGUGUGUGUGUGACUGUGUGCUCCAUCUCCGUGUUGAUUUACAGCUAGAAUAAUGACCAGUUCAGAGUGAAUGUGUGAGCGUGUGUGUUCAAGUGUCAGUGAGUGAACCUGGCGUUGUAUUUUGACCGUGUGAGUCCGUGUCGUAUUUUCAGUUGUCUGGUGUGUUGUGUGUGUGAGUAUCUCUGAAUAAGAAUGUAAUGCUAUAUGUGUGCCGUGUUAAUUAACUUGAUCGAGCUGAUCUUUAAUUUGUUCUCGAUAUAUACGCGUUUGUGCAUAUAUUCAUGUCGUAUCCGAUAAUGUAAUUUGGAUACAAGUAUACCUC